UCUACUUUACCUCCGUCUCACCUCCUCGUCCCACAUGCCCCCAUAACGAAACCUUCGGGUACCUCACCCUUAACCUCACCAACAUCAAUGUCUACCUCACGCCGUGCUCCCCCUCCUCCUAUAUCGAGAACCAGCACCAGCACCAACAGCAGAAUGGCCAGCCAAUACACUCCUCCCUCUUACUCCUCCUCCCAAGCUUACAACCACAGCCCUUUAAGCCAAAGCCACCACAGCCCAAGUGAAGGAGGCCAAAGUCCUAAACCAAGCAACCAUAACGAAAGCCAUGCCUACAGCCACCACCAUCACCACCACUCCCGCUUCUCCAUAGUACCCAUCAUACCCUCUUCUUCCCUCUCAACAAAAUCCCUAAACCUUCGAGACAACCUCCGGAGAGAUAUGCGAGACAUGAACGGCAUCACCAAUCUCAAAAAAUACCGCCAACGUCGACGUCUUUUCAAACUCGCCUCCAUCCUCUUUUUUUCUUGUCUGACGCUUUGGUCACUGUUCCAUUACUUCUUCUUCCAUCAUGGUGGUUCCUCUACCGUUUCUCCCUUCUUCUACUCUUUCUCGUCGGGUAGCAGCAAAAAAGAAGGCGGCGGCAAUUUUAACCCUUCAGAUUUAGGAGAAGAAGAAGAAGUAGUAGACUACGAAGCCAUCGCCUCCUCUUCUCGCACCAAGUCCUCCUCGCCUCGGGGAGGAGGAAGCGUGCGGCGAAAGCUGACUGACGAGAUACUACUGAACAACUUGUCUCUGGACGGCGAGACAUGUCGGGCUACGUUUCCGGGACUGAUGAAGGAGAUUGAUGAUACGGUAGCGAAAGGGCCGUUCAAGGUCAAGAGGAGCAGUGAUUUGGGACCGAUGCAGCGGAAGAGGGAUUUGAGUAGGGAGAUGGUUAAUUUCGACACAAUCCUAACCCUCAACAUCCUCGACACCCCCUUCGGAACCGCCCUGCAAUACACCCGCAACGCCGACCCCGUGCACGCCCCCUCGGACCGCGACGCCCGCACUUUUUUGAUUCCUCACUUCUCCUUCUGGGCAUGGGACCUCCCCUUCAUCGGCUCUAUCUCUCGCGCCGCCUCCGCCAUCACUCAACUCGAAGAAACCCAAUUUCAAGAAGGAAACCGCUGGCACAGCCACAAAGACCCGCGCGCCGUCUGGCGCGGAACUACUUGGUUCAACUCGAUCCACAACCCGCAGCUGCGGUACAAGCUUGUUUCCACCGCCAAAAACAAGCCGUGGGCGGAUGUGCAAUCGCUCGAGUGGACGGGCGGCGGGGGUGACAAUAAAAACGCCACUAAUGCAUUGGCGAUCGAGGACUUUUGCAAGUACAAAUACGUGCUGCACACCGAAGGCAUUUCCUACUCGGGUCGGUUCCAGUUCCUCCAGAUGUGCGCCUCGGUAACGCUCACGCCGCCGAUCCAGUGGAUGCAGCAUACCACGCAUUUGGUCAAACCCUUAUUCUCGAGCGAUCUGGACUUGGACAAGGCCAGGUCGUUGCGUAUGAGAAAAAAUGGGAAGACGAAAGAUACCAGGGCUAAAAAACCCGGAGCAGCCGCAAAAGAUGGGGUGGUGCCAUGGACGCCGCACGUGAGACAUGAGAGGGCGUGGCCGAAGCGGUAUGAUCCCAAUGAGGCGAAUAUCGUGUUUGUAAGCCCCGAUUGGUCGGAUUUGGAGGAUACGAUACAUUGGUUGGAGGAGCAUCCCAAAGUUGCCGAGGGGAUUGCCAGGAGGCAGAGAGAGUUGUUUGUGGGUGGGGGUCCGGCGGCGGAGGCGUGUUAUUGGAGAGAGCUGGUGAGAGGGUGGGCGAAGAUGGCGAGGCCGGAGAAGGGCGAGUUUGAGGAGUUGGGGCACUACACCCAGGUCCCGCUUCAGGACUUCUCGAUAAGAGUAACCCCUUCAAAGAACCGUCACGCCCGGUCCCCAGUUCUCCCCUAUCCUCCUCAUAUCCUCUGCAAACUUCUUGCUCGUGAUUCUCUUUCCGCCUGUCCCCGUAAGCGGCGAAUGCUCGUCCGGAUCGAAGAACGGGUUCUGCAACAGCUUGAUGUACGCCGUCUGCAUCGCCUUGAAGACCUGUCCCCCAUGUCAGCAUAUGUGUCCGUCCUUCUUUCUCCACUUCUUGCCCCUUAUCCCACACCCCGAGGAAGUACUCACAACUUUCAUCUCCCCCUCCCUCAAUCCAACACUACUAGCCGCAGCCGCCGCGCCACUCUGCCCCAAAACCCCCAACCCUCCACCACCUUGCUGUCCCCCUACCCCAUGCCCACCCGCCCCUCCUCCUCCCCCACCUCUCCCAUCAACCCUUCGUCCCCUCAUAUCCACAACCGCAACAAACUUGGUCCCCGUAUUCGUCUCGAACCCGUACGCCGCCAGGCGGUCGUCCACCGCAUGCAACAGGCCAAAGUCACCGGACAAGCCCACGCCGGCCGCGGCGUUGCGGCGCGCGCGCAACUCGAAGACGUCAAGAGUCGAAGAGAGCAGGAGGUGGAAUUGGAGGGAGGUGCGGGCCGGAGUGUAGGUGUUGGUGGAGGGGUCGUAGGAGGGGAAGAUUUGGAUGUGGAGGGGGUUGUUCUGUUUCAGUGAGAGAAGGGGGUGGGUUAGCAAAACUGGAUGGAUGGGAGGGAGGGAAAGGAAUGAGUAAGGAAGGGAAAGGAGGGGGAUAGGGGAGCUUUACGUUACGGCCUAUUA